ACGUCACAUAAUAUACACUACAUAUUACGUACUUGUAGUAAAACUCUAGUGACUCAUUGGUUCGUGGUUUUACACGACGCGUAAAUUGCACAUACGCUGGAGUAAUCACACUUUGAAAUAGUUUGUUACGGUUUCACCUUGUAUCAACUUGUUUAUCUUACGAAAUUUAUCACCAUGCCAGUGUUACGAGAAACGGUUGAUCAACUCAUCAAUUCUGAUACAGUUGUUAUUUUCUCAAAAACUUAUUGUCCUUAUUGUAAAAUGGCUAAAGAAGUUUUUGAUAAAAUGGCAAAAAAAUAUACCUCUAUAGAACUGGAUGAGAGGGAUGACGGGGAUGAAAUUCAAAAUAUUUUGGAGGAAAUUACUGGUGCUAGGACAGUGCCGAGAGUAUUUGUUAAAGGAGAAUGUUUAGGAGGUGGAACAGAUGUUAAAAAAUUGUAUGAAGCUGGAGAUUUGGCAAAGAAGUUUUAAUUCUUGUACUUAGAUAUAAUAUAAAAGAAAUUACACAGAUAUUGAUAUCUAAAUAAAAAUUUAUUGAAAAUUGUAA